AUGAGUACGGGUGGCCGCCCCCCGCGCGCCCCGCAAUUUCAUUGGGCUGAUGAAUCUAAUGCUGAAUCAGAGGAGGAAUCAGAGGAGGAAUCAGAGGAGGAGGUCGCAAGCAAUGAUGACAAUAGUGGCGAUCUAGACGAUAAUAAUGACAACAGCAACGGUGGUGAUGCAGAAUCAAUAAGUUCAUCCAAAGAAGUCGAGAAUUGUGAAGACAUCUUGACCAAAAGUGAAAAUGAUCCUCACGUUUCAACUACUGUAUCUGGUUCAGAAAAUCCUGAAGCGGACACAGGAGCAUUCAAGCCUCUCCCACAAAACCUUGUGGAUUUAUUUCAAUUGACUGAAGCACAACCUGAACUAGUAGAAUUCAAAAGCAAUUUAAAACUCGAUCACAACUUACUUGAGACAAUUGUCAGAUCUGUUUUAUUAACUAAAUGUGCACUGGAUUCACGUCAUAAACAUCAAGAGUCAGUUUUGGCUCGCAAUUCAUUCGAAUCUGGUACGGCUAGAUUACAUUCAGAUUAUGCUCCGCUCUACGAAUCUCAUAAAGCUCAAGCUAUGGAAGACGUAGAAAAAGUUCAACUUGAGCUUAAUCGUUCAUUGAAUUUGAUUGAUGAACCAGAAGUCAAAUCACAAAUUCAAGAAUUCACUAUCAAACAUUACCAAAUGCUCAUGUCAUCCGAUACAAUUAGUUGGGAUCCUAUGCCAAUUCAAAGAAGUGAAACUUCAAAUCUAUAG